AUGUGGAAGGAAGUUCUUGAACAAAUGGAAAAUGUAUCAAAAAUCAACACAAAUUUUGUUCUCCUUGGCGUUGUUGAGAUGGAAAAUUUCUGGUAUCUGUAUGCUACAUUGGCCAUUAUGAUUUAUGCCAUCAGUAUGAUAUUGUCUUCCUUGAUUGUCUAUGUUGUCUGGUUAGAGGUAAGCCUUCAUGAACCUAUGUACAUCUUCAUUAGCAAUCUGGUGGCCAAUGUGAUGUUUGGGAGCUCGUCCGUCCUCCCUAAGCUGGCAAUUGACUUGUUCUAUGGACUCAACAUCAUUCCUCUUCCGGGAUGCCUCAUCCAAGCAUUUUGCUAUCAAAGCUUUGGCACGAUUGAACUUAUGACUUUCACGGCUAUGUCCUACGAUCGAUACUUGGCGGUUGGUCACCCCCUGAGAUACCCAACUUUGAUGGCAAAUGACAGAGCUUUCAAAGUCUUACUGGUUAUAUCUAUUUUUGCUUAUGCCAGUAUAGGCAUUAAUGUGAUCUUGGCUGCCAGGCUGACAAUGUGUGGUGUGUAUAUUAAUGGUGUGUACUGUGAGACCAUGUCCCUUCUUCGCCUGGCCUGUGGAGACACGACGGUCAAUAACGUUUUCGGGACAACCUGGACAGUGACUGUGGUUGGUAGCUGUAUCUUGCUUUCAUUUUACUGUUACAUACGAACAUUUAUUGUCUGUCUCCAAAUUUCCGCGCAGGCCCAUCAGAAAGCCAUCCAUACGCUGGUCACCCAUAUAGUCACGUUUUCCACCUUCAUGGCCACCAGCCUGUUUGUCAUUUUCCGGUACAGGUUAGGCAAUGGCUCACUCUCUAUUGUUGCCCAUGUUGUCAUCGCCAUAGCUGGUCUGAUCAUUUCUGUAACUCUAAAUCCUCUGGUGUAUGGAAUAAGGACAGAGGCUCUCAGGAUUAAAAUUUCUGUGGACUUCCGAACAACCCUCUAUGUUAUGGACUCUGUGGACUUCAGGACACCAACCUAUGUUAUGGACUCUGUGGACUUCAGGACACCCCCCUAUGUUAUGGACUCUGUGGACUUCAGGACACCCACCUAUGUUAUGGACUCUGUGGACUUCAGGACACCCCCCUAUGUUAUGGACUCUGUGGACUUCAGGACACCCCCCUAUGUUAUGGAUUCUGUGAACUUCAUUACACCUGUGAUAUGCACUUACUUGAAGGAAGGGAGCAGCAUGAAAACCUGA